CACUGUUUCCGUCUCUUCCAUUUCGCUAUUAGCACGUGUCGGUUUAAGCGCUGUGUGUGUAGUGAUAAACCGCAAAUAUGGCUCCAAAAGGUAAUAAUAUGAUUCCUAAUGGACAUUUCCAUAAAGAUUGGCAACGUUUUGUGAAAACAUGGUUUAAUCAACCCGCCCGAAAGCAUCGUAGAAGGCAGAACCGUUUGAAAAAAGCCAAAGCCAUCGCACCCAGACCAGCUGCAGGACCCUUGAGACCUGUGGUAAGAUGCCCGUCAGUAAGAUACCAUACUAAAGUUCGUGCUGGACGUGGUUUCACCCUUCAAGAAUUGAAAGCUGCAGGUCUUAACCCACGAUUUGCCAGAACCAUUGGAAUUUCAGUAGAUGCUCGUCGAAGAAACAAGUCAAUCGAAUCUGUUCAACUGAACACUCAGCGUUUGAAAGAAUAUAAAUCCAAACUCAUUCUUUUCCCCGUUCACAAUAAGAAGAAGCUUCGUGCUGGAGAAGCUACCGAAGAGGAGCGUAAGGUUGCUACUCAGUUGAAUGGUGAGGUUUUGCCUAUUCACCAGCCAUCCAUCAAGACAAAGGCAAAGGUUCCCUCUGAAGAAGAAACCAAGUUUGAAGCAUACGUAACGUUGAGGAAAGCACGCGCGGAUCAACGCCUGGUUGGUAUUCGUGCAAAGAGAGUGAAGGACGCUGUAGAAAACCCCGAAGACAUCGCCAAAGCUGCUUCAGGCAAAGAUAAGAAGGCAAAAAAGUAAUUCAGAACUAAAGUUUUAUAUUUAACGUGAAAAAUUAAAGAAGUUUUGUUCUGAAA